AUGGUCGUCUUCAGCAAAACUGCCGCCCUCACCCUAGGUCUGGGCCUCUCCAGCGCCGUCAUCGCAGCCCCAGCCCCAAUCCCUCAAACCCAACCGAAAGGCUUCUUCUCCAUCCACCAAGUCGCUAAACCCUCUGUCGCCAACAGAACCCGCUCCGUCAACCUGCCUGCCGCGUACGCCCGCUCGCUGGCCAAGUUCGGCGCGACGGUGCCCCAGUCCGUCCAGGACGCCGCGGGCGAGGGCUCCGCCGUGACGACGCCCCAGGCUGAUGAUGCCGAGUAUCUGACCCCCGUCACGGUGGGGGGGUCGACGCUGCAUUUGGAUUUUGAUACGGGGAGUGCGGAUCUAUGGGUCUUCUCCUCCGAACUGCCCUCGUCCGAAUCCAGCGGCCACAGCCUGUACACGCCCAGCUCGACCGCCAGCAAGAUGUCCGGCUACUCGUGGGACAUCUCCUACGGCGACGGCAGCUCCGCCAGCGGCGACGUCUACAAGGACGUGGUGACGGUCGGGGGUGUCACGGCCACGAAGCAGGCCGUGGAGGCGGCCAGCCAGAUCAGCGAGGAGUUCGUCGAGGAUACGGCGAAUGAUGGGCUGUUGGGGUUGGCGUUCAGUUCGAUCAAUACUGUGCAACCCCAAGCCCAGACGACCUUCUUCGAUACGGUCAAAGACCAGCUCGAUUCUCCUCUCUUCGCGGUCGCCUUGAAGCACGAUGCCCCCGGCGUGUAUGACUUCGGCUUCAUCGAUGGGUCCAAGUAUACCGGGGCUCUGGCCUAUGUGGAUGUCGAUAGCUCGGAGGGAUAUUGGGGCUUCACGGCGGAUGGGUAUGCCGUUGGGGAUGCCGAUGUGAAUGAUGAUGGGUUUAGGGCUAUUGCUGACACCGGCACCACCCUCAUCCUCCUCGACGACAGCACCAUCUCCGCCUACUACGCGCAAGUCUCCAAGGCCGAGAACAGCGCCUCCGCCGGCGGCUACGUCUUCCCCUGCUCGGCCAGCCUGCCCGACUUCACCGUCGUCAUCGGUGGAUAUAGCGCCGUCGUCCCUGGCACCUACAUCAACUAUGCCCCCGUGUCCACCGGAAGCAGCACCUGCUAUGGGGGCCUGCAGAGUAACAGUGGCCUGGGCUUGUCGAUUCUGGGUGAUGUGUUUUUGAAGAGUCAGUAUGUCGUUUUUGAUUCCGAGGGGCCGCGGUUGGGGGUUGCGGCGCAGGCUUAG